AUGGAGGCAAAUAUGUAUGGUGUUGUAAGUAUGGAUGUAAUUGCGGACGGUGAGAUGACUGACGCCGACACAGACGGUAAAGACACCUAUGACACAGCACGAGUUGACGACACAAAAGAUGAUAAACAAGAGGAAGAGGAAGACAAAAAGGAUGAAAAAGUGGAUGAAGAAGUGAAUGAAGGUGUUAGGACAAUGAGGAUGUUGUUAAAAUUAAAUGUACACGAGUCUCCAAUGCACGAAUCCGAUCCUCCCUUGCAUCCAGCUGCUGCAGGUGCAUCAGGAGCUGCAGGUGGUGCAGCUAAUGAUGGUGGUGGUGGUAGCGGUGGUCCAGGUAAAGUUGGUGGUGCUGGCGCCAGUGGUGGUGAUCGCUCCCGUGGUGGUGAUGGCUCCCGUGGUGGUGGUGGUGCUGGCAGUCGUGGUGGUGCUUGCUCCGGUGGUGGUGGUGGCUCUGGUGUAGCUGGAUGUGGGGGUGGUGAUGGUGGAGCUGGUGGCUGCGGUAGUGGUGCUGAUGGAUCUCGGUUUAACCUCCUCCUCCGUCACUCUCUCACAUAA